AUUGUUUUUCAGCUGUUUCUGUAGUGUUGCCAGACAUCGUUGCCGACAGAUAUUCAAUGCAUAUCUUUUCGGCCAAGCAAUUCCGGCCUUGUUUUGUUUAAAUGUAAUUUUUAAUACUUGGUACACAAUCCACAACAAAAUGGGCUAUGAUGAGCGCAGUGAUGGCAGCAGUUCGAGCGAUGCACAGGACUGUUUUCAGCGCAGCAUGUCUGCCAAAAUGGGCGCACCACCAACAAUGCCCAAACAUAUUCCCUUUCCAGAGCAUGCUACCACAUCCGAAUGGCUGAGUGAAUUGAUAAUGUGCGCCUUUACAAUGGGUGCGGCAAUUGUGCAAUUCAUCAAUAUAUAUCGCACCAACUGGUGGCUGCCGCAAUUCCAGACAAGGCACAUGGUGAACAUUGAAUUGAUUGAUCCGUAUUUACGUUAUUUGAUAAUUAUAUUGAAUACGCGUCGCUUUAUCUACUGCAUGCUGCUGGCCAAGUGGCGCAACACAAAUCGCCGUCUAAUGCGAUUGGGCAUCAAGUAUGGCUUUGGCGGCAUUGUCCAACUGGCCCUGUGCUAUUGCGCCUUUCGAUUAUAUCAACAGCACACCUACAUGCUACUCUUCUAUCUGAGCUACCCAGUUGUGGUUUAUCUGAUCAUCUUUGGCUUUCAGUUGGAGCCAUUUUUGCGCACCAGAUUCGAAGUGCCCGGCGUCUAUAUCAAUGAUAUGCCCGUGCACAGCUGCACCACAAAUGCCGCCCAGAUACGCGAUGAGAUUGAAACGCUUCGCCAUGAUUUUAACAAGCGAUUCAAACAGUUAAUAUUCACCUGCAUGCUGAAUGCGUAUCUGGUGUUGAUUCCUUGCCUUCUGGCGCUGAGCAUUCAAUAUAAUGUGAUGCGUGCCGCACAGCAUUGCAUCAUUGUGUGCCUCGGGGCAUUUAGUUUGUCGGCCGUCUUUCUCUAUCCGGCCAAAUACAGUGAUACACUGCAUCGGGCCACCCUGCAUCUCGGCAGCUGGCAGCGCAUGGAUCGUGAUCCGCAGGCGGCGCCCUCACAGCUGAUAGUUGCGGCCAACGCACAAACCUGGUCGAAAUACACUGUCUAUGGCCAUGCGACGGUGGUGAAGCACAAUGGAGCACUCUAUCGCAGCCAUGGACUGGUCACUGUCGCAACUCCUGGCAAUGCCAGUCAUCUGCGUUUCUAUAAACUGUUCCACAAUCCGACGGUCAUCUAUUCCACAUUAGCCACUUUGCAGGCAGUCGUGUUGCUUGUGGAGAUUGCCUCGCUGAGCGCCGCCAGCAUUGAGUGGCAUUUUGUCCUCUCCGUCAGCUUUGUGGCCUUCACCAGCAUGGUCGCUUUCUUCAAACUGGUGCGAGAUUAUCUAAUUACCAAGCAUCUGUACAAGGCGGAAACGCAGCCAUUUACCAUUAAGUCAACCACAGCUAUUUAACCAUUAAUAUCUAUGAGUAAUACAUCGAUUAGAUAUGGGAUUUAUUUACGCCCAUAAGCUCUAUUGAUUUAUUUAUGUAGCAACAAUAAUUGUACGAUUAAUGCUUAAAUAUUAAGCGCUGUCUGAGGUGCUUUUAUUUUAAUAUAGUAUCAAAAUAGACACAAGAUCUAUUAAAUUAUUUAUGUAAUGCCAAACAAUAUCUGUAAAAUUAGAUUAUAAAACAACAAUAAUUGAAUGAUUAAAUUCAAAUUUGACCACACGUAAGGCACCCUCAUUUAAAUAUAUAAAAUAUCAAUGAGAAAUAAAUCGUAUCGAAGAUU